UGUUCAAACCUCCCGACCGUUGGAGACCCCUACCCCUAUCCCCACCAGCCCCAACGUUCAUCUCCCCGCCGCCAAGGCUCCCGAUCCCUCCCAACCGCCGACGCUUCCCCUUCUUCUUCACUCGUGUCUCCCCACCGCUUAAUCGCGGAGAGACAGAGAGAGAGAGACCUAGCGUCUGAUCCCCCACCCCACAAGCUCUAGGCGGCGAUUCCGCAUCAACCCUACGAUUCCCCAUCCACCCAUGGCGCCCGACGCGGGGACGACGGCGGCGGCGAUCGACGAGGCGUACGAGUUCUCCGCGCCGAGGUUCUUCGACUUCAUCAACGAGGAGACGGAGGAGGCCGUGCGCGCCGCCGAAAGCUGGUUCGAGGCCGCCCGCAGCCACGCCCCAUCGCCGUUUAACCCCAGGAUCAGGGAGUCGAGGGUGGAGUCCAAGGUCGCGGUCCUCUGCGAUUUCGCGGAAGCCGAGGAGCCGGCUCUGAAGGAGGAGCCAGUGGAGGCGGUAGGAGGAGGCGUCACCGUCCACUCAGCAGAUUCUACUGUUGGGAGUACGCAGGAGAAGAAGGACCCAUCAUUCGGAUCUGUCACUGAGGGCAAUCCUGGUGGGACGUGUGCCAGUGCUGGGAGCCAGCAGCAGGAGGAAAGUGCUUCAUAUUCCGAGGCAAUUUUAGAAUCACCGCCAGCUCAAGAAGAAUCGCCCAAAUCUUUCGAGUUCCUCCCUCCCAGAGAUCCCGCGGCAAAAUCAGCAGAUGGUGAUUCUGCCAGCACGCCUAAGCUGCAGAGGCCUCCUCCUCCUCCUGCCAUCAAAGUUGCACCCGCGAUUUCAACAUGUGCGAGAUCCUCACUGAAGACUGAGGCACGCACGCCAAAGACGCAGGCGCUGUGCAAAGCAGGUCCUAUGGGCUCGAUGAGCGUCAAGAGGAGCAUGGUCAAGGGUGGUCAUGAUUUGGGGAUUGGAAAGGCAGCCACUUCUGCUGCCGAAAUUGUGCAAGAAAACCAGGCGGUGAAGAGGCAAAAGCUCGAUGAUGGAAGGGUCAGACAGAUAUUAAAUGUCAAGACCAGGGUGCUGCCUCACAAGGGGAGAGCUGAUUUAGCAGGAAGUUCUGAAAUGAGGAGGGCCAAUGAGGAUGUGCACUCCGUGAAGGAAGUGACUCCAUAUGUAUCUGCAGCAGAAUUGGUUAAGAAGUUUGAAUCAGGGACCAGAAAGAUGAGCAUCAAUAACAACAGAUCUCUUUCUGUUGAGGAUGCAGCAUUACAUGGAAGGCCUAAGCUUGUGUUAACCAGACCAAAGGAACCCGAGCUUCAGACUUCCCACAGAGUCCGAGCAGUCAGAGUGAAGAGCACUGCAGAGCUAGAGGAGGAAAUGCUGGCCAAGAUCCCCAAGUUCAGAGCACGGCCAUUCAACAAAAAGAUAGCUGAAGCCCCAUCAUUCCCUCCACUUCCAAGGAAAACUCCGCAUGUCCCUGAAUUCAAUGAGUUCCAUCUUAAGACAAUGGAGAGAGCAACACGAUAUGCGGACACCUGUUCAGAAAUUUCGUCCGCAGAUACUGUUCGGAGUCAAAGUAAGACACUCAAAUUGACACAACCCAAGCCACCACAGCUACAUACAGCAAUGCGUGCUCGGCCUCCAAGUGUGAAAAGUUCUCAGGAACUUGAACUAGAAGAACUGGAGAAGGCCCCCAAGUUCAAGGCCAAGCCACUGAACAAAAAGAUUCUUGAGAGCAAGGGAGACAUUGGUGUGUUUGCCCACCCAAAGCCUCAAGUGACAGCUCCCAAGGAGUUCCAUUUUUCUACUGAUGCUCGCUUGGGCCCUCCUUCAGUCGCCGACUUAUUCGAUAAGCUCUCUCUGUACUCUGAUUGUUCUUCACAGAGCAACAGGCAAGAUGUGCCCAGACUCACCAGACCAAACCCUUUCAAUCUUCACACAGAGGAAAGAGGUCAUUUAAAAGAGAGGCAGCUAGAAGCACAGCUCUUACAGAAGAAGAUGGAGGAAGAAAAGGCCAGGGUUCACAAAGCUAACCCAUACCCAUACACCACAGACUAUCCGGUGGUGCCACCUAAACCUGAACCAAAGCCUUGUACAAGACCAGAAGGCUUUCAACUGGAGAGUUCAGUGCGGCAUGAACUAGAGCAGCAAAGGCUGAUGGAAGAGAGGGAGAGAAUAGAGCAGGAAGAGGCUCAAAGGAGAAUCGUCAAAGCUCAACCUAUACUGAAAGAGGAUCCUAUCCCACUUCCAGAGAAAGAGCGGAAGCCUCUCACCGAAGUUCAACAGUUUGCAUUGCAUGUUGAUGAGAGAGCAGUUCAGCGAUCAGAAUUUGAUAAUAUGAUAAAAGAGAAAGAAAAGACUUACAAAAGGCUGAGAGAGGAGAAUGAAUUCGCACAAAAGAUUGAGGAAGAGAAGGCACUGAAGCAGCUGAGGAGAUCCAUGGUGCCGCACGCCCGGCCUCUCCCGAAGUUCGACAGGCCGUUCCGACCGCAGAAAUCAACGAGGCAGGUGACCCGUCCGAAGUCCCCGCAGCUUCAGGUGGACGAGCGAGGCGCGAGGAGGCAUGCCUUCAUCAGAUGAUCACCUUAUCAUCCCCUCAAGCUCAGUCCGUAGUUGUAGCUGUAACUGUUGUACCUCACAGCUUGCUGUUUGCUUCUUUCCUUGACGGCCAAGAUUCUUUAUCUUGCCGUCGAUGCCCGGGCUACUACGAUUCUUUCUCUGCGAAGAGCUGUAAUAACUGUAAUCUUGUCAGUCGCGACAGCUGACACAGUGUAUGCUGUUCCUGUAGGGAGGGGGCCAGAUAGGAUCGGCGAUUGCCGUUCAUCUUGUAGAUUGGUGUGUGUUGGUGUUGAGUCUGUGUAUUGUGAUCUCGAUUACUACUACUAUUAUUGAUUUUUUGUCUCGCCACUGAACUCGCUUUCAUUGGUGGAUCUA